AUGGCUGCUGUACGGAGCAGCAAUGUGGGCUCUGCUCAAUUAGCUGAUCACGCUGCUACGGCCGCGCUGUAUGCGACGAAUCCCAAGCGGAAACGUGCCGGAAGCGAGGCACUCUCGCAAGGAUCGCAGAAUCAGAGUCUCACUCUCGCCAAUGCUAGUGCCGCUGCAAGUCUUGCUCAUGCAAAUCAAAAGACUACCACAGCCUGGCAUCCCGAGAGACAGCCUUACGCUGAAAAAGCGGCUGCCUUUGUACGAAGCUACCAAUCCCCCGAACCAGCUCCUCCCAAGCAGCCCAAUCCGGAUGUCUACAAGGCUGCUUUGUUAGCUGCUCAAGAACGGGUGUACACUACUUCUCCACCAGCCACUAGUCCUCCGGAGCUGAAAUCUGAUAAAGCUGCAUUUGAGAAAAGGCGUGCAUCACAACGAGAGAGUGCUCAGUUCAGUCCAGGGGCCUUGAUGGCUGCUACAGGAGCUGUAUCUAACCGACGAAGGACCGAGUCUGCGCCUACAAAGCCAAUGUUUCAUCUCGAUACUGCUGCUGCGCUUACUGCAGCGACUAUCUCGCAUCGAGCCAGUCAGGAUGCUCGGAAUGAUGUCUUGAGUGAUCUUGAGCCGGGAAUGGAAGCUGCCCGGAUACACCAUAUUGCGCGGACGAAUGUGCAGUUAUAUACGUCCACACCUCCAGUAGAGAUUGAGCUUGAAGAGCAGAGGUACAAAGAUACUCUUCGAGCGGCCGCCGUUUCCAUGGCAAGGGAUAUGUAUGCCUCGGCUGCUGCAACGAAAGAGGAGCCCUCCGAUGAAACUGACUUCGCAAGUGCGGCUGCACAAAAGCGGUUAUCGCAUCGGUACUCGCAGUCUCAAUUUUCAUGGGCGCCUGGAGAUGAGUACAAUGCGACACAGCGGCCGACGCCAAAUCUGCAUGAAGCCGCACAGAAGAUUGCGGCAGAGAAACUUGCAAAGAUGCAAAGGGAUGAUUUGUAUAAUAAGCAGGAAUAUUACGGCACUGCUGCAAGCUCCAAGUCACGUCAGACGUUUACUCGUCGUUUGAGGAGGAGGACGUCAAGUGAGGGAGACGUAUCUGCAAUUGAUUGGCAGAGAUCUGAGCGGAUCAGACACCAAAUGACCUCUCUACAGAGUCGCGUAAAUGCGAUUGAUGAAAAGAAAUCCAAGGAUAGAGCGGAUUUGAUGGAAAUCGCACGAAAGAAUGUUCACGCCGCUAUUCAUGAUAUGGAUGAGCAAGUAUACGCGCAUACUGGAAAACCCUCGCCGAGUAUGCAGCGUGAAUGGGAAGAAAAAGCACAACUACGCGCAAAGCAAGAGAGUGAGGCCCGUCUAAUGAAUUGGGGUAGGGUUGAUGUUGGUGGUGAGAGGUAUAUGGAUCAGACGGAGGUUGAGGCUAUUGCACGAUCUCGUAUUCAGCCUACCCUGGAUGAAAUUGAUAAUCGGGUUGAGGAGCAGCGUGCCAGAGAGGUUGAGCAGAGGUUGGAGCAGGAGAGACAGCAAAGGAGGCAAGAGACGGAUCGUGAGAGAGAGGCGGAUAUUAAAGCGGAGGAGAGGAGGCAAGAGGCAGCGGUGCAGGAGAAAGAGAAAAGUAAAGGAUCCCUUCUUGGUAGGAGACGAUCUUUGAUGGGUGGUGGAAAGCUCUUCUCUCGUACUUCUAGGAAGUCUUCUUGGAAGAAGCCGGAGACAAAUGGCAGUCGUGAAGAGGCGCUUCCUAGCGGUGGUGUGAAUGAGCAGGUCGAACAAGGACCUACGAGCGAUACUGCCCCAACAGGACCUGUUGAGUCUACCACCGUGGGAACAACCGAAGACAAUACACAGCCAUCCCACCAGCAGAUCGUGUCCGAUACCGCAGAUGCAGAACCACAAACAAGUUCGCCGACAUCCCCAAAAUCAGAAUCCAAGAUCAAAUCCUGGUUCAAAGGAAAACUCAGUCGACGCUUCAGCAAACCCCAACCACCUGAAGAACCCACCAGACAAGAAAGUGAACUUUCAACCGGCGUCUCAACAGCAGAAGCUACUCAUCGUGCGGCGGCUCUAACAUCCAAUCCCGUCUUAGAUACAGAUUUGGUCUCCGAUCUUGCGCCCCAACGACCACAAGCUGAAGAAGACGCAGUAAACGAAGAAGUCUCCCGGCAGUGGAGUAGUUCAACCGAAAAUUCAACCGACAGAAACCGAUCCAGCUCAGGAGAAGACAAACGUAAAAAGGGUCUACGAAUGAGUCUUCGCGGAAUAAUAUCCAGAAAAUCGACCUCUGAUGCAGGAUCACCCUUGGCUUCUCCUACAGAGGCCAGUCCGUCUGCUACUGGUGCUAGUAGAACAGUUGGUACAACCGCAAUGUCUACGCGACCAGCACAAGUCCCGAGGUUGAAUACGAUGGAACGGAAUGAAUUACAUGAUAGUUUUACGGAGGAGUCGUUACCGCUGCCUCCGAGUUUGGUGCAGGCUGAACGGAGGAGUUUGAGUGGUUCUGCGAGGGAUUCGAAGUUUUCUGAGGAUCUCUGAUUUUGAUUUCUGCCACUUGAUUAUUGUUUCUUGUUUCUUGUUUCUUGUUUAUGAUGGCAAUAUCCCCAAACCAUUUAGUUAGUGUAUACGCUCGCUUUCAUUAUGAUGACUUGAGGUUUAUACUUUUUACAGAUGUGAUGUGUACCUAUAGGCAAUAUGUACUGUAUAACUAAUCAACUGUACUUUCAAUUAU